AUGGACCGGACUCCAGAACGGUCCUCGCGAGCUGAAGGCGUUACCUUUGCUUUACCACCUACUGAGAAUCGAAGCCCACGACGAAGUCAACGAGUGAAGAAGAAUCCCUCGGUCACCCCAAAACGAUUCACAAAGUUUUUCACUCCACGACAUCGAAAUGUUCAACGCGCUGCCAGAGCCUCAAGAAAAGCCUUACAAGAGCUUUCAUCUGCAAGGCUGAACAGUCGUGCAGAUACAGUGUCUCAGCUACAACUACCUAGUCAUGACGACGCUGACAGACCAGCAAAGAAGCGGAGGCUCUCUUUCAGCUCGAUAGCGUCUAUACCGUCCUCCCCUAUCAAAAGAGCCGAAAAGCAUGAUCAAUCCUAUUUGAAUCCUCAGCAUGACGACCCAUGCAUCGAGACAGAUAAUGACGAUGACGAUUUUGGAGAUGACUGUCACGACGAAGAUCAACACGAUAUACCUAGAAUCUACCCUCCACGCAUCUUGCCCUAUCGAACGAUUUCCUCUUCUGCCAGCAUUCUUUCUAAGCAACUUGGCGGAAGGACAGCCGUCGGAGAAACAAAUGACAGCAGGUUAUGGGAGCAUGACACAGCGCACUUCUACAGCUCUCCUGGGGAUGUCUGUAAUUACAGCGGUACACUUCCCGCGUCAGCUGCACUGCCGUUUUGUGUGGCAAGCUUCAACAACACCCCUUUGGUCGCAGUAGCCGACGAAGACGGCAAUGUUCGAAUCCACAAUGCUUGGGACGAGGUCCGAAACAAAGGCUACGUCAAGUUCCCAACAGUCAUCAAAACAUGGCGUGCCCAUGAUAAUGCCAUCAUGGACCUGGAGAUUUCUUCCGACGACAAGCUCAUUGCUUCAGCCUCCGGUGAUCAGACAAGCCACAUCUAUAACAUCGAUCGCGGCGUGUCCGUAUACAACCUCCUGGGUCAUACUGGAUCAGUCAAGAGAAUACAGUUUCAGCCAGGCUCUGGUAAUCAGAUCCUUGCCUCUUGCUCAAGAGACGGUACUGUAUGCAUGUGGGACUUGAGAAGUCCGCAAAUUGAAGGUCCUACACUCAUGACCAAGAUGUCACGGCUCGAGCGUGAGAUCUGGAGCCAAACCAAGCAGAUCUCUCCCGAAAACGAGAUCACCGAGGCCCACACAUCGUUUGACAAAUACAAAAAGUCCAGAGGCAAGCGUCAAUCCGGGACCGUCGCGGGAAGAGCAGAGUUUGCUAUCACCACAUGUACCUUCAUCAGCGAAAGCCGAGCCCACUUACUUGCCACAGCCUCUGAAAACGAUGCGAUCAUCAAAUUAUGGGAUAUGCGCACAUCAUUCACACAGACCAAUCGACCAACCCCUGUCUCAAUAACACAGGAACCCGCCAGCCAUGCCCAACACCGUCAAUUCGGAGUUACCUCAAUAGCCAUGAGUUCAGACAGUUCACGACUGUACUCUGCCUGUCGAGACCAUACUAUCUACGCAUAUUCAACAUCCCAUCUCGUGUUGGGAGGGGCCCCUGAAAUGUCAGCCUGCUCGACAGCCCGCUCCAAACCAUUGAAGACAUCUAGACCGGGCCUGGGCCCUUUGUACGGAUUCCGCCACCCAGACUUACGAGUUGCAACCUUUUACGACAAACUCGCAGUCCGAUCCAGCCAGCUUGAACAACAUACAGAGAAUGGAAAUAGUGCAGAAAUGAUUGCGAUUGGAAGCGGCCAGGAAUGUGCCGUGGUGUUUCCUACCAAUGAACGUUAUCUCAACAAAGCCUCUCAACAAUCAAGUCCGUUGGAGUCUAGAUCAAAUCCGAGACUAACGCGACUUUCGUCUAUGUCCGACCGUGUCGCGGGUAAAGUCUCGGUUGCUGAGGAAGAUAUGGAUGAUUUCCCUAUCUACCAUCACGGCACGGCGCUGGUGGGCGGACACACUAAGGAAGUGACGGCGGUGGCGUGGGCGAAUAAUGGUAAUCUCAUCACUGUGGCGGAUGACUAUACGAGUAGAUGUUGGAGGUGGAAUCCAGAGAAGGCGAGGGCGUUGAGAUUGAAUACGGAUCGCGAUAUGGCGAGACAUAACAGUGGUUGGGCGGCCGUAAGACCCGAGUUUGAUGAUGAUGACGAUGAUGUUUGA